AUGGCUCUUCUCCGCCUCGUCGCCCUCCUCAUCGUACUGAUCGCCAGCGUCGCCAGCGUCACCGGCGCCGCCGUUCGGAUACCCGCCACCCUGCAGGCGCGCCAGACCCAGGCGACAUGCGAGCAGUCGUGCGGGUCGAGCGAAGAGUGGUGCGCGCAGGGCGCGCGCGACAAGCUGCUCGCGUACGCGAGCUGCCUGAACAACCGCGGGCGGAAAUUCAUCUACCGCGGCGGGCUGCUCAGCGUGCGGUGGGGCGGCACUUUCUGCGUUGCUGCGUUCGUCACCGCCGAGAACAACAACGUCAUGGUGGAAUGCGCGCUGCUCGAGGAUAAGCUCAACAACGUCAUCAAUAAAUGCUUCGUCGAUCGGGAUAGUGGCAGCGGUAACGACUAUCUGCCUGCCAGUCUGAGGUUCUGGUACUUUGGCAUCAACACGUGCGAUGGAAGGAGAAUGGCCGUGGGCGCAGAGAUGGAGCCCGUGGUCGAGGCGGCGUUGAGUCUCGGCAACAACGAGGCGAACGGGCUGCAGACUAUGUCGGAGGACGACGAGGAGAGGGGCGUGAUCGACUUCUUGCUAGAGAAGCAGGAGGGCGUCAACGGGACUGAUGUCUUCAAUCUUCCGUACUCCAGAGGUGCCUGGAGGACGGUGUGUCAGCUGGGCGAGAAGGAGCCCAAGCUCAGGGAGAUGUACGGCGGGUGCGAGUGA